CGCAGUUCAUUAAAGAUUAAAAUAGGAAAAUCACACGAAUGAUGAUUGAAGUACUGCUGAUCUUCAUUGUGUCCGCCGCCCACGCCCUGCCAUCCCACAGUAUGUGCCACAGGUCACCACAUGCAGCCGUAUCGUCGGAAGAUGGAGCCGUUCUGUGCGCCCCUGCGAGUCCACAGGCAGAGUCAUUUGCGAGAUCCCCUAAUUGGCAACCUAUUCAAUUUCCUGAUGGGGUCAUUAGGACUGAUGGGAAGCGAGAGCAAGAAAUCAAAUUGGGCACUGAAUCACCCGAUGGUGAUGGAGAUUUAAGAGCAGCAGAGUCAUUCAACACCGGCUUUCACAUGUGGCCCUACAGGAAGCCAUGGAGUUUAUUUGGCCAUGGGCACAACCACGGCUUCUGGCCGCCACCUUUGGGGGCGACUCCCUGGGGAGAUCCCUUCGCGUGGCCACGACCGCCACUUCCCUUCCUCGGAGGAUGGCCGUGCUGCUGAGUCCCAACCUUCCCGCCUCGCCACUUGCACAUGCAUGAAGGAUUUUGGAGUAAAAUGUAAUUUUGAGUACCUUCAGCUUUUAAUGUCGAAAACCAUUCUAAUUAAAAGGUUUUCCCGCGAGCACCGUGAAGAAAAAUAUUAUUUAUCAGUGUCUCAUCAAGUGCUUGUUAUUCUGCAAAACCUUUCUUAUCUCAUCUAAUAUUUAUUCACAAUGUAUC